UUUAAAAUUUUUUCGUUCUCGGUCGCUAAUUCUGCUCGGUCGUGAUUUCGCUGUUGUCGGGGGCAUUUUUUCAACACGUGAAAAUUUAAACCAUAAACGGAAUUUGAGCAUAAAUUCACAACAUUUAGGCGACAUUGGCACCUUUCUAAUAAUAGUAAACUAAAAAGGAGCUGAUAAAACAGAGUUUUGUAAAAUAUUUGUGGCUGCGUAAAUAUUUGUAAACGUCAAAAAAGUUUUAAGAAAGUUUAAACAAAAAUGCCUUCUGAUGCUAAGAAACGCGAUGCGCAGCGUAAAAAGGACGCACGCAAUAAGAAAAUCCAGCAAAUAUCAUCGUCUAAGAAACCAACACAAAACGGCACACCGGAGCGUGAAUUGACCGAGGAGGAGAAACUGUGUGCCAAGCUGGAGGAGGAGGCACGCAUCAGUGCAGAAGCGCGCUCUUGCACAGGCUCAUUGGCCGUACAUCCACGUUCACGUGAUGUGAAAAUAGCCAAUUUUUCCAUCACUUUCUUCGGUUCCGAGCUGUUGCAGGACACUAUGCUCGAGUUGAAUUGUGGACGUCGCUAUGGUGUUAUUGGCUUAAAUGGCUGCGGCAAAUCGUCCUUGUUGGCAGUGUUGGGCAACCGUGAGGUACCUAUACCAGAUCAUAUUGAUAUUUUCCAUUUGACACGCGAAAUACCAGCGUCCACCAAAACUGCACUACAGUGUGUUAUGGAAGUGGAUGAGGAGCGUAUCAAGUUGGAAAAGCUCGCCGAAGAGCUCGCAAUGAGCGACGAAGAUGAUGCUCAGGAACAAUUGAUUGAUAUCUAUGAACGGUUAGACGACAUGUCGGCCGAUCAGGCUGAAGCAAAGGCGGCGCGCAUUUUACACGGUCUCGGCUUCGACAAGGAAAUGCAACAGAAACAAGCCAAGGAUUUCUCUGGUGGUUGGCGUAUGCGUAUCGCGCUGGCUCGUGCGCUCUUCGUCAAACCGCAUUUGUUGCUGCUGGACGAACCGACCAAUCACUUGGAUUUGGAUGCUUGUGUGUGGCUUGAGGAGGAAUUGAAAGAGUAUAAGCGUAUUCUUGUGCUCAUUUCGCAUUCGCAAGAUUUUCUCAACGGUGUCUGCACAAACAUCAUACACAUGACCAAGAAGCGCCUAAAAUACUACACUGGUAAUUAUGAGGCAUUCGUGCGCACACGCAUGGAACUGCUAGAGAACCAGAUGAAACAAUACAACUGGGAGCAGGAUCAAAUCGCACACAUGAAGAACUACAUAGCGCGUUUCGGUCACGGUUCCGCCAAGUUGGCGCGUCAGGCACAAUCUAAGGAGAAGACGCUGGCCAAGAUGGUGGCGCAAGGUUUAACCGAAAAAGUGACCGAUGACAAAGUGCUGAAUUUCUAUUUCCCCUCUUGUGGCACUGUGCCACCGCCAGUGAUUAUGGUACAGAAUGUCAGUUUCCGUUACAACGAAACCACGCCGUGGAUCUACAAAAAUUUGGAAUUCGGUAUUGACUUGGACACCCGAUUGGCUUUGGUAGGACCCAACGGUGCAGGCAAAUCCACACUGCUCAAACUCUUGUAUGGUGACUUAGUGCCCACUUCCGGCAUGAUACGCAAAAAUUCGCAUUUACGUAUUGCCCGCUAUCAUCAGCAUUUGCAUGAACUGCUUGAUUUGGAUGCCAGUCCGCUUGAGUAUAUGAUGCGUGAGUUCCCUGAUGUAAAGGAGAAAGAAGAGAUGCGUAAGAUCAUUGGCCGUUACGGUUUGACCGGUCGUCAGCAAGUUUGUCCGAUCCGUCAGCUAUCCGAUGGUCAGCGUUGCCGUGUUGUGUUUGCCUGGUUGGCCUGGCAGGUACCACAUCUGCUGCUGCUUGAUGAACCUACCAAUCACUUGGAUAUGGAAACCAUCGAUGCGUUGGCUGAUGCCAUCAAUGAUUUCGACGGCGGCAUGGUGUUGGUUAGUCACGAUUUCAGACUGAUCAAUCAGGUUGCUGAAGAAAUUUGGGUGUGUGAGAAUGAAACCGUUACGAAAUGGAAGGGUAAUAUUUUGGACUACAAGGAUCAUUUGAAAAAUAAAAUUACUAAUGAAAACGAGCGAAAGAAGAAAUAAAGCAUGCAUGCAUACGUAUUCACACAAAAGCAAAUAUAAACUUACAACAAUUUUAAAUAGUAGGCCAAGCGAAUUUGUUUAUUUAAAAAAUUACAAAAAAUAUAUUAAAUAAUGUAGCUAAACGGCGAAAGAACCCCAAUGUGUGUACAACAAAAAUAAUUACAAUGGAAAAAAUGCGGCGUAAUGGUAUAAAUAUGUUUAACUAAGUAAUAGAAAAACUUAAUAAAUUUUCGCGUAACAAAACGACAUUUGUGAUUGAUUGUUUAAGUAAUUUAUUAUGCACUAAAUAUCUACUACAUAUGCUAUGCUACAAAUAAUAUUGUGAAUGUACUAUAAACCAAACAAUAACUACAAAGCUGAUGGUAACGGCGCUUACGGAAUAUCCAAAAUUUCGAUUUAGAAGAAUUACAGUGUGAAAAAUUUGUGCUUUACUUUUCCACAACUUAAAACAUUUUACAUAUUUAUUGAAUUAACGUUUGAUUAAAUAUUUUGGAAGCAAACAGCGAACACGUUUAGGUCUUUAGAAAUUGAAUUGAAAUAUACUUUAAUGUGAACACACACCUAUAGGUUAAAUAUUAGAAGGUGAAUUUUUUAUAUUUCAAAGAAAAAAAAAGAAGUUAUUAAAAAUGUAUUUGAUCGGCAAAUGAAGUACGCCAAUAGCUUCAAUAAUACAUUACCACACCGAUUGAAAUAAAAUUUGCAGACAUUCAUUAAAACAACAAUAAA